CGCCUAGAAGGUUUUCCACCGUCAUGGACCAUCACGACCGGCCACGGAGACCAGCCCACCGAAGAUCCCGACGGGGUUGCGGCAACUGCAAGCUCCGAAGCGUCAAAUGUGACGAGACCAAACCCGUCUGCCGGAGAUGCCUGGCGUAUGGGGUCUCAUGCACCUAUGCCUCCACGGGGCCUCUGCAGGCCUCGGUGGAGCGCGUGGUCACCAUGGCCCAGCCCUUUGGUCUCUCGUACUGGGUGGACACGAACGACUUUCUGCUGAGCCGGUUCCAGGUGCGAACCGCUCUUACCGUGUCCCAUGGCAGAUCUAGACAGGUUCUCCAGAACGAAGUGAUGCAGCUGGCGAGAUCGACCCCCUACCUGAGACAUGCGAUUUUGACAUUGGUCCUGAUGCAUGACCGUCACGCGCUGGAUGGUUCACGUCCAAGCAUGAACCUGGCCGAGUCCGACCACUGGGAUCGGGCCCUGACUGGGUUUAAUCGCAAGAUGUCGCUUGGCUUCCCGCCCAAGGAGACGGGGGCAGUGCUGACCACGGCUGCCAUCCUAUGGUUCCUGGUCUUCUGCCACGUCGAAGCUCGUACCCCAGAGGAUGCUUGGCCUCUCCGCUGUACGGCCGCAGUGGGUCCAGCCUGGCUGCAAAUCAAUGGCGGGAAGGAAGAGAUCUGGCGAGUGAUGCCGUCCUCCUCAUCGGACCCAGUCGCGGAUGCCUUGGCCCCAUAUCAGCUGAGCAAGCUGUUCCCUGGAGAACCGGAGGCGUUGGACCUCAGCAAGGUGCCCAUGGCAUUCACACGCCUCUUCGGGUUGAGCACGGCGUCUCCCGGAGUCGAUUGUUCGCCCUACCGUGAGGUAGCUGUUGAUGUGGCGCAAGCGUUGUACAUGGACCGACCAGUGUUCACCAACAUCCUCAGCUUUGUGAACUGUCUCCGGACCAUGACCCCCCGGUUCAAGCGUCUUCUUUUAGAGCGAGAUCCGCGAGCCCUCCUGUUGCUCGGGUGUUGGUAUUGGAAGGCGCGCCAGCUGGGGGUGUGGUGGAUGAAUCGACGCGCCUGGCUGGAGGGCGAUGCGAUUUGCCUCUAUCUCGAGAGGCAUUUCUCAGAUAUUGACGACAUCCACACGAUCCUCUCAUUCCUUCGACAGGGUUUCGAUAGGGGGCAAAGCGGGCUCUCCGUAGAAGGUGUCGGCAGUCCACCUGCUCACCAACCGGUUGGGAGACUAGUUGACGCCAUGUUGUAAUGGAGCUGAGAGGAUGCUCAAUCCGGAUGAUGACUGGCUCGAGUGCAGCAAACAGGAUUGUGGGGAUAAUACUAGCAGCCUAGCACCGUAUCAUGUAGAGGAUCUCCUCCUAUUGAACGGGAGGGGCUGAGAGUGGACCAGGAUAAUAUCACCCUCUCCAAGCCUCGAUAUUCAGCCUCAUUGAAUUAGUGAUUAUGCAGGGGAUUUAUGUGAUGGGCGAUCAUCGUCGACUUUUGCAUGGAACAGCUGGUGUGAACUUGUGAAGGGGACUAGGGCACUAGUGGCAGGCCCGAACCACGGUUAGGGCCCGGGGAUGGACAACAGCUCAACCGC